AUGGCUGCCACGGCGUACUCCGUGGCCCUCCUCGGUGGGGCGCGCCUCCCCGCCGCCACCGGCAACCUCGCCCCCCGCUCCUCCGCACUCCUCCCGCGGCGCAACCUCCACCCGCUCCGCCUCCAAGGUGCACAUGCAUAUGCGCCCAGGCCGUCCCUGCUCCGCGUGAAGGCCGCCUCCGACGACACGUCGGCUAGCGGCGACGAGAUCAUCGAGGACCUGAAAGGGAAGUGGGAGGCGAUUGAGGACAAGCCCACCUUCCUCCUCUACAGCGGCGGCGCCGUCGUGGCUCUCUGGCUCACCACCGUCGUCGUCGGCGCCAUCAACUCCGUGCCGUUGCUCCCCAAGCUCCUGGAGCUGGUUGGGCUCGGCUACACCGGGUGGUUCGUGUACCGCUACCUCCUCUUCAAGGAAAGCAGGAAAGAGUUGGCCACCGACAUCGAGAGCUUGAAGAAGAAGAUCGCCGGAACAGAAUAA